UACAUGCAGCUGCUGGAAAGGGGCUAUCUGACACAAUAACCUUUCUCUUAGAUCAAGAUGCCGAUAUUAAUGCAGCCGACGAGGCAGGCUACUCUUCUUUGUUGGACGCUCUUUACAAUGGGCGUGGGGAUGCUGCUUGGGGGUUUUGAUCAGCCAAAAUUGAGAUUUAAGAAUGAGAUCCACAAACGAACUUGUCCUUGGGGAGGAGGAUGUGUUCAUGCAAGCUGCCAAAGAAGGGCUCACAAAUGUGUUGCAACUCGUUAUGGAAAGAGGAUUCUCUGCAAUUGAUACAGGAUAUAGAUGUUGUAUGACACUCCUGACCGCAGCGGCUGGGGGUGGCCAUUACGACACAGUCGUUUUACUGCUAGAUAAAGGAGCUAACAUAAAUUGCGGUAUUGCAACACAAAUUACAGAAAUGGAAUGUGACAAUAGUGACGGUGAGAGUGAAGAUGGCGAAGGAGAUGAGGAAGACGAGUACAAUCCAGAGGACUGUAUUUCGCCAUUGAAUCAUGCCUUGUUUGCGAAGCACAUCGAAGUAGCAAAACUUCUGAUCAAACGUAGUGCCAUCAAGUCCGCCUGUAAGAGAGACGGCAUUGAUAUUAGCACUCUUGCAGACCUUGCUGCCAACGAUGCGGAUCUUGCCCAACUGCUCUCUGAUAAUGGCGUUAACCUCGUCAAGGUGGAAGAUGACAAAACUCCACUAAUAUCAGCCCUUUCCAAAAGAGAAUAUCUUUCUAUUCCCCGUCUUUUGGAGAAAGGUGCGGAUGUCAAUGCAAGGGAUGAAAGAGGGGAUACUGCGCUUUCUAUCCUUCUACAGUCCGCAGCACCCAUUCGUGCGAUGGAACUUGUGAAGCUCCUAAUGGAGUACGGUGCCGACAUCAACAUCAAGAAUGGCAGGUCUGAAACGCCCCUUCAGAUAGCUUGUUCUGCGAAUUUAGAUAAAGUAGCUGAACUUUUUCUGGAACUUGGCUGUGAACCAAACGUUCAUGAUGCUAACUGGUAUUUUUCUCCACUUUAUUAUGCCGCUCAACACGAUAAUAGUCGACUUGUCAAGACAUUGCUUCACUACGGUGCAUGUCCUGAAGAGAAAUCUUAUGGAGAGAAAUCGACGCCCUUACAUGCAGCCGCAAGUUCAAAUAGUUUGGAUGCUGCAAAACUGUUAUUGGAAUACGGUGUGAAUGUGGAGGCCAAAAACUCGUCGGGUAGUGCGGCCUUAAUUGAAGCAGUAGGUGUUGGUCGUUUACCCAUGGUCGAGCUUUUGAUACGUCAUGGAAGUAAUGUUCAUACAAAGGACAAAUAUCCCUUCCUUUUCAUGCUCAGACGCCGUUGCAUUUUGCCGCAAAAGAUGGUAACACAAAGUUCUGUUAUUGAGUGGCUCCUUGAGCAAGGAGCGGACUUGACAUCCCUGGACAAGGAAGAUCGGUCGCCUCUUCAUGCUGCCGCUUACGAAGGCUGCGCAAGUUCCGUUGAGUUAUUGAUUGAACAUGGUGCAUAUGUUCAUUCAGCUGACAUGUGGGGUUGGAAACCCUUGUAUUUUGCUGCUGCCGGAGGACAAUUUGGAAGCUGUGAAAUUUUGGCGCAAAAUAGAAUCGAUGUUGGUGCUGAAGACAUAAAAGGAAGAACCGCCCUCCUCCUAGCAGCAAAGUAUGGUUGCAGAGAGGCCGUCGAAUCUCUUAUUCAUCAUGAAGGCGACGUGAAUGCCACACCUCCUAAUGGGCAAACAAUUUUAGGAGCGAUAGCAGAAAGUUAUCUCUUGGACAAGCACUUAAUAGAAGCGUUUCUUGAGAGUGGUUGCGACCUGCAUGUUGUUGAUAAAGUAACUGGUCGAACAGUUUUACAUUUCGCUGCAACAUCGGGGAAUGUCACUGCUCUGAAUCAUAUUUUGGAUCAGGGCUGGACAUUGAGUAUCUUUUGGACGAUCUUUUUCGAGGCUGUUGAAUCCGAUUGGAAUGUACUGAAUCUGGCCGAGGAGCUACCGACAUCUACAUCGUCAGAUUUCGCGAACGGGUCCCAAAUCAUUGCCGAUUCUGGUUCUUUGAAUAACGAUGCUUCUGGGGAUCGAGAAGUAUCUUCGGAGUUAACGGGAAAUUCCACCGCUGAGAUUGCCGUUUCUCAUUUCGAAGCAGAUGAGCUUGCGGCUUCGUUUCCCGCCAAGGAAACAAUAGAUUACCAGUACGUUUUUCGUCACAGUCCCGCUUUAGAGAAAGUAGCCAAAGUUCUUCUGAAGCAGGGAAGUAACGUUCAGCUUACGGAUAUAGAUGGAAACACACCAUUACAUUUCACAGUAAACUUGCCAAGACUUCUCAAGAAAAUUGUAAAUAACGGUGGAGAUGUUAAUGCCGUGAAUGUAAACGGUUUCACUCCCCUUGAUCGUGCUUGUUUUUCAGAAAACAAGUCAACACUUGAUGCCAUGAAGCUUCUUUUGAAAGCAGGUGUUGACAUUCAUCGCAGUGAUAACCUGGGGAACACACCUCUGCAUAUUGCUGUCUCAGAAUAUAGUUUAGAAAAAGUUUUCGAUCUUUUUAUUGAAUAUGGGGGCGAGUUUAAGGCUUCCAAUCUGCUAGGAAGAACAUGUCUACACUUAAUGAGCAGGUUCUGUUUCUGCAGUACCAAUUCUAUUGACAAAGUCCUACUGCAUGGAGGGCAAGUCAACGCUAUUGAUGAGCUCGGUAAUACCCCUCUGCAUCUUGCCCUACAGGAAAAUAACGUGGUUAUGACAAAAGGCUUGCUGAAGCAUGGCGCUGAUCCUGGAGCUGUUGAUUCUAAAGGAAGCACGCCUCUGCACGUGGGUUGCUUUUCAGGGAGCUGGGAAGCUGUUUCAGUCGUGAUUAAUUACAAAAGCAAUCUUGAGGCUAAAGACGACAAAGGAUGCACUCCCCUUCAUAUCUGCACAGUGUUUCAUCAGAACUGCUGUGCGCUUCAACUGGUUAGAAAAGGAGCGGAUUUAGAGGCCAAAGACAGUGAAGGAAGCACUCCUCUCCAUAUCGCCUCUGCUUUUAGUGACGUAUCCACGGUCAGUUUGCUUCUGGAGCACUGGGCGAGUGUUGAAUCAAAGGAUUCUGAAGGCGGCAUUCCCUUACACACCGCUGCUGCACUUGGCAAGGUAGAAGUCGUGCGGGUCUUAAUUGAUGCUGGAAGCGAUGUCAAUGCGUCUGACGUUGGUGACGAUACACCGCUGCAUGUGUCUGCAGGCUCUGGUUACACGGAGGAAGUCCGCUUGGUGCUGGAUAAUGGGGCAGAUUUAAAUGCCAUGGAUAAAGAAGGCCGUACACCAACUGAAUGUGCAAAAUUGUUUGGUCAUGAAGAGAUAGAACAGUGCCUUGUGGAAAGGCGGUCAUUGACUGCGUGACAUUCAUAAUUGUAGCAGCCAGUAUUGAAACGGCUUUUGUUCUAUUGGUAUUUUGAGGUCAGACAUUUUUUGUAAAAGUAUACUUAUUUUGAAAGUCAGUUGAAGCGUAUACCCGCGGCUGUGGGUAAAGAAACCCGUGCAUCAGCUGUAUUGCGUAAAUGAUGUGAUCAGCAAUGUGGAAGAUCAUGUCGAUGCUAUCAGCACGAAGAUUAAUCAAAGGAUCGGCCUAAUCAAGAGAAUCAGGAAUGUAUUGCCACUACAAACUAGAGUUACCUUGUAUAAUACCCUAAUCCUCCCUCUUUUUGACUACGGAGAUGUUAUAUGGGGGAACAAGAAUAAUGACACUAUAAUGUCAGAAUUACAGAAUAAAGCUGCUAAAAUUCUGCUGGGGCUCCCAUCUCGAGGCUCGUCAACCGAAGCACAGAGGAGUUUAGAUCUCAAGUCUUUCUCCGCAAGAAGGUUUUUUCAUCGCUGCAUUGCAAUCCACAAAUGUCUGAUCGGGGAAACUGAAUUUAACUUUAAUUUUAUCAAAAAUCAAGCUGUCCAUUCAUAUAACACAAGAUGUUCCAAUGAUCUUCGUUUACCCCUUCCUCGAACUAACUGGGGUAAACAAACAUUUAUUUAUCAAGAUGCGAAAGACUGGAAUAGUCUUCCAACUGAUUUAAAAAAAACAUCUGUUAUCUAUUUUUAAAUCCAAGCUAAAAAC